UUUCCCAAUUGCGACUACAGUUUGGCCAGGCGGGAAUCAGGACAACACAACAAAAGGAAGAUCUUUUCCCAAUUACCCCAACUUUCUUCUUCUCUUCUCUCGCUCUCCCUGUCUGUCGAUGAGUUCCCCAUUCACAGCCACGAAGGAGAAAGCAAGGUGUAAGUAGAUUCAAACGUUUGUUUUUUUUGGAAGAGAUCUGCUUACUCAUACAGACAACAAAGGUGAAGCGGAAAUUAGCAAAACCUGCUGCCAAGAAGAAGAGGAAGAAGGACAACAAUGUCGGACUUUCUGCCAGAAGACGUUGUCGUGGAUAUCCUUUCUAGACUUCCAGCCAAAUCCUUAAUCCGAUUCAGAUGUGUCUCCAAAGUUUGGAGCUCUCUGAUCACAAGCCCUAUCUUCAUCAGUUCCCACCUCAAUCAAUCGCUGAGUUCCAAUCACAGCAUUAGCGACUGCAGUAAUCUCCCACCCUUGAUAGUUAGGCAAUGCAUUCGUACUACACCUAUCAGAACAGAGCACUACAAACUAUUUCGUGAUACUGAAGACGCAUUUCAUGAGUGUCAAGAAAUUGAAUUCCCCCUGAAAAGCCGCCGUCUCCACUUUUAUUACUUGCUUGGUUAUGUGAAAGGUUUGUUUUGCCUUUACGAACAGGAUAGUCAUUUCCUUUGGAACCCAUCAAUUAGAAAGUCCUUGACCCUUCCAAAUCCUCGCACUAAGGUCAGGAGCCGAUAUGAUUGUACUCUGGGGUUUGGAUUUGAUAUCCGAACCUAUGAUUAUAAGAUUGUGAGAAUAGUUUUUAGUGGAAAUAAACCGCAUCAAGAGGCUGAGAUGCCUCUUGUUGAGGUCUACUCCCUUAAUGCGGGUGUGUGGAAGAUAAAUAGUGCAGCGAGUAACUCUUAUCCGCUUGGGUCUUCUAUAAGUCAGUAUCGGCACUUUGCUGCUUCUUUUGAAGGUGCUGUUCAUUUUGCGGCAAAGAAGAGUUCUGGUGAUCCAUUUAUUUUGUUGUUUGAUCUGGGAGAUGAGGUCUUUCAAACCGUAUUGUUACCAAAAGGUAUGGUAAGCAGGGGAUCUAACAUCAGUACUUCAGUAUUCGGGGGAUGGCUAUCUCUGUUAUGUUAUGAUGGCAAUAAGCAAAAAUCUUGUUCCAUUUGGAUAAUGAAAGACUAUGGCAUAGUUGAUUCUUGGUAUAACCUGUUCAAAGUCGAUCUAAACGAAGAAUUUACCCGGGUAAUAAGCCUGAGGCACAAUGGUCAUAUUUUGUUUGACGCAAAAACACCAAUUGAGUGGGAGCUUUCUUCAUAUGACCCCAGUAGCCAACAAGUUAAGAAUUUGGGAAUUCAAGGUGUUUUAGGUCAUUUUCAUGUUGAUACUUUUGAGGAGAACCUUGUCUUACUCGACAAAAAAAAUGAUGCAGUUUCAAGAAGGGGAGUGAGCAGGAAGAGGAAAGACAGCGAAACAUAAGGGGGUAAAAGAGAGAACGUUAAUUCGUCAAAAGAAUUUACUGUUGGGGAACAAACUCGAUAGGUAUCUACAUGUUCAAUUUGUGUUUGGGGACACAAUUCUACAUGUGAGCACUGACUUUCAAGUUGAAGAUUGGUUUGAAGAUGGUAGUACCCAUUUGAAUGCCUUUGCUUUUGGUUCCUUUAUUUUAGGUUUUACCAUUGUAGUAUGUGCUUUAUGCUGUUGGCCGUUGUGUUUUAUCAAAGAUCAAUCUAUCCUUUGUACCUUACAAUAUUUUUAAGAUCGA